AUGAAGCAACCAUCGCCCGAGCCAGACCAGCCCAGCAGCCAAGGCCACAGCGCCAUCGCUGAUGACGACGGCAGCGCAUCGACCCAAGACUGCGACCUCGCGCCAACCACCGAUGCCACUGCCACUGUACCGGCCGUGCCAGUCAAUGGAUCUUCUGUAACUCCAGCUGAGCUUUCCAAGGCUGUCGAAGACGAGGGAUCGGCCGCGUCAUCUGGUGAGCAGAUACCAGCAAAAAGAGAGACUUUCUUUACCUACUUCCAGCUCCUAGUCUAUGCGAAUCCGACAUGGAAAGACCAUCUCCUUCUCAUGGGCGGUUUCAUCAUAUCCGCCGCUGCUGGCGUCCCAAUACCUCUCAUGGGAAUAUUCUUCGGUCAGCUUGUCGACGACCUCAACCAAGGCACGUGUGACGCCAAAGAUCGUGCUGGCCUUCUCAGAGUGUCCCCCGACGAGCUGCAGCAUUCAGUCAACGAAAAGGUUCUCAAGCUUCUCUACAUUGGCAUAGCUAGCUUUGUUCUCAUUUAUGCCUACCUUGUCUGUUGGGCUAUUCUCUCACGCCGCCUCGAAGCCCGCAUUCGCGAUGCCUAUUUUCGCGCCAUACUGCGCCAGGAUGCCAGCUUCUAUGACAAGCGCCAGGCUGGCGAGCUAUCGUCCCGCCUCAACGCGGACAUGCAGAUCAUUCAGUCUGGUACCUCAGAAAAGGUCGGCAUAUGCAUCGCCUGCACGUCUUUCUUCAUUACGGCCUACGCCGUGGGCUUUGCGAAGGAUGCAAAGCUCGCCGGCAUGCUCAUCUCCCUCAUUCCAGCGUUCUUACUAUUGUCCGUGGUCGGCAGCUACUUUACGCAAAAGUUUACCACUGCUAUGUCGAAUGCUAUUGCGUCAGCUUCUUCUGUCGCGCAAGAGACUCUGUCGCAUAUUGCUGUCGUACAGGCUUUCAACGCCGGUCCUCGCCUCGAAGCCAGAUUCGCCGCCGCAAUGAGUCUUGCUCGCAGUGAGGGUAUCAAAAAAGCAUUUGUAGCUGCUCUGCAGGCCGGUGCGCUCUAUUUCGUUGCUUACUCGGCCAAUGCGCUUGCUUUUUGGCAGGGAAGUCGCCAAAUUGCCGAUGCUGUUGGGUCAAAAGACGGCACCACUGUCGGCGACAUCUACGUCGUCAUUUUUCUGCUAGUAGAUGCCUGUAUCGUCUUAGGAUCUAUCGCUCCCUAUCUCCCGAUGCUCGGUGCAGCUGCUGCGGCUUUUCGAAAGGUGCGGCAAGAUAUCGACGCGCCCAUCUCCAUUGACUCCGGCUCGGAUCAGGGCGACACGCCUCCCGCUACCACUGCUGGCGGUAUCCAAUUUCAUGGGGUAACAUUUGCUUACGUAUCCCGUCCUGAUCGCCCCGUCCUAAAGAAAGUUUCAUUUGAGUGUCCUGCCGGCAAAUACACCGCACUCGUGGGUCUCUCCGGCAGUGGAAAAUCUACCGUAGCUGGUCUAACUACACGUCUGUACGAUCCUACUGAGGGAAUCGUUACACUCGACGGCCGCGAUCUCCGAGAUCUCAAUGUCAAGAACUUGCGCAGUUUUAUCAGUCUUGUGCAACAGGAGCCCUCUCUCCUUGGCCGCUCUGUUCUUGAAAAUAUUGCUCUCGGGGCUCUCAAUUCACCUUGGGGGCAUCACCGGAAGUUCCAGGCCAUCAUUGAAAGCCCGAUCCUGGCGCAGCUUGCUGCUAAGCUCCAAGAAGGAACUGAUGUAGACAUGGCAGCGCAGGAAUUUGGCCCCAAUGUAAUUGAGCUUGUUUCUAUGGUUCGUGAAGCUGCCAAACUCGCUGACGCCGCCUCUUUCAUCGAAAAACUGGAGAGUGGCUAUGGCACUGAUGUCGGCACCAGCGGCAAGCUUGUCAGUGGUGGACAGAGGCAACGCAUUGCUCUCGCACGUGCUCUGAUCCGCGAUCCUAGGAUAUUGAUUCUUGAUGAAGCAACCUCCUCUCUAGACUCUACUAGCGAGCGACGCAUACAAGCGGCCGUUGAAUCCAUUGCCAAGGAUCGCACACUGAUUGCCAUUGCACACCGUUUGUCCACCAUCAAGAAUGCUGACAACAUCAUUGUCAUGAGCAAUGGUGAUGUCCUCGAACAAGGUACACACAGUGAGCUGAUGGCUAUUAAUGGCAAUUAUGCUGGCAUGGUUCGUCUUCAGAACGUCGAGGCCGAGAAGCAUGAGGACAGCGUCUCGCUGGCGAGUACUGCCCGCGGCGACAUUGAAACUGACGUGCCGUCCCGCGAUUCCAUCAUCAAAGAAGAUGAGCCGGUCAAGUUCCGUGAUAUUGUCAUGGAGUCUCAUGUUCACGGCGCCCCGGAUAAUGAGGAUGCAGCUACCGCUCAGGUCGACCUGGAUGCCAACAAGUCGACUGGAACAGUCCUCCGCAGCAUGCUCAGACUCAUCCGGCCCAACCUUCUCUGGCUCUUCAUUGCCAUGUCUUCCGGCGUUAUUGUCGGCCUCACCUUUUCCGCUUCCGGUCUUAUUUUCGGCAACACUAUCGGCAAUGUCAGUCCCUGCAACACCGCCAGCCGCAUUAAAUGGGCAGGCCGCUUCUUUGGUGGUCUUUUCUUUAUGCUUGCCGUCGUCGAGUUGCUCGCCAACUCAGCUAGCUGGUCUGGCUUUGGCUACGUUGCCGAGAAUCUCCUCUACCGUAUUCGCUUGCUUACUUUCCGCUCCUUGUAUCAACAGGAUAUAGACUGGCACCAGGCCAGCGGCCGCACACCAGCAUCUCUGCUGUCCGUCAUUACGGCCGACACAGCCGCUGUCGGCGGUUUCAGUGGUUCCAUUGUUGGCACAAUGUUCUCUGUCAUGGUCAACUUUUUAGUCGCCAUCAUCAUGUCGCACAUUAUCGCUUGGAAGAUCGCCGUUGUCUGUCUCGUGACUGUGCCUCUAUUACUCGGUUCGGGUGUCAUGCAGGUACGCUCGCUCUCCCAGUUCGAACGCAAGCAUGCCAGCGCGUUUUCUUCGGCUAUUGGUAUCGCUGUCGAGGCCAUCAACUCGUUCAAGACUGUGUCUUCGCUGUCCAUUGAAGAUGAGGUUCUGGGAACGUAUCGUCGUGCACUGGCUGCGCCGCAGAAGGAAAUCGCGGUUUUUAGCCUAUGGACCAACUUCUGGCUCGCCAUGGCAAACAGCACCUGCAACCUCAUUUAUGCCUUUGCCUACUGGUGGGGUUCUACGCGCAUCAUCAAAGGCGAGAACACACAGACACAGUUUUUGAUUAUUCUGAUGGCGAUGCUCGUCAGCGCGCAACUCUGGGGUCAGAUGUUCAGUCUGGCGCCUGAAAUUUCACGUGCUCGUGCUGCCGCCUCUCGCAUUCUGAGUCUGAUUGAUAUUGACUCCGUAAAACAACUACCGUGCGAGAGGGAGAUUGCGGAUGUUGAGGCUGAUGCACAGCCUUCAAGCAUGCCGUCUGCUUCGAAGCAGGGCUCUACAGUCACCUUCAAAGAUGUCGCAUUUAGCUACCCAGCUAGACACAAUGUUCAGAUUUUGAAAGGCAUGUCAUUGACCGUUACUGCAGGUCAAUUCUGCGGUCUCGUUGGCCCUUCUGGAGCUGGCAAGAGUACGAUAAUGUCGCUCGUGCAGCGCAUGUACCGCCCGUCCGCUGGCGUGGUUGAGAUUGACGGCUUGGACAUCUGCGCUAGGGAAGGCACCGAGUUUCGCGACGACAUAGCGGUUGUACCGCAAGACUGCGCUCUGUUUGAGGGCACUAUCAGAUUCAACGUCAGCAUGGGUGGCCGCCCUGGCAGCGAACCCACCGACGCCGAGAUUGAAGAAGCAUGUCGCUUGGCCAAUAUUCAUGACACUAUUGCAGCGCUGCCCGACGGCUACAGCACAGAGUGUGGUCCUAACGGUUCGCGUCUUUCUGGCGGUCAGCGUCAGCGUCUGGCGAUUGCGCGUGCGCUCGUCCGUAAGCCCAAGCUUCUGCUACUCGAUGAAAGCAGCAGCGCUCUCGACGCCGAGAGCGAGCGCGCACUGCAGGAAGGGCUAGAACGGGCAGCCAAGGGCAUUACUGUCAUUGCCAUCACCCAUCGACUGCACACGGUGCGCAAGGCUGAUGUCAUUUUCGUGAUAGAGGCUGGGCAAGUUGUGGAAAAGGGGCGUCACGACGAGCUUUUGGAGAGAAGUGAAUCAUAUAGGGUAAAUGCCUUGUCGCAAAUGCUGCCAACAUGA